AUGGAAUCGCCUAAGAUAGUAUACAAAUAUUAUUCAAACCCAGCGUUUUGCUCUCAAAGUGAAGUUGUUUUUGCCCAGAAAUCAUGUAUAACAAAGGCACUAUCGCCCGAUCGAAGAAUGCCGCCACUCGGUGCGAAUUCACCACGAAAAAUCGAAAAUAACAGGAUAGUGAGGACAGAUAUAUCUGAUAAUCCGCUAAGGGUUCCCGCGAGGCAUGAUAUCCCGCCAGAAUUGCCGCCAAAACCAGCAAAAUACCAACAAUUUCAAAGGCAAACAUCCCUCAUUGUUAAACCUACUCGUUCAAUGGUACGGUGCAGAACAAGAAGCGAAGACUUAGAAAUGGCACAGUUCAGACAGAGAAGAUACAAUACAAGCGACAAUUUAGAAGACAGAGUCAAACAUAGGUACGAGGUCAUUGACAUUGAUGACAGUAUGGACUAUUCACCGACAAAGAAGAGAAUUAUAGAAGCAGAUGAAAACGAGGUAGAAGAAUACAAUGUAGAUGGUCCAGAUGAUAAUGAACUGAAAGAAAUACCAACAGAAAUCGUUAAAACGGUGAACGGUAAAACACACAGAUACGCAAUUGUACCGUCUGAUGACGAAGAACGAGAAGAGAGGAAAAAUGUAACAUUUUCAACGACAUCUCCAAUCAUGUCCAAAAGUAACCUAAUCGCAACGCAAAAGUUACACGAGCUGCUCUCGACGCCUAGGAAGCUAAAAAGCUACGCAAGCCAGCCAUCGGUAAGGAUAACGCCAAAUAAAUCAGAGGUCAGAUACCCGGGAACCCCAAUGAAGAUAAUAUCAAGCACGCCAACCACAGUUACUCCAUCCAAAUCCUGUGCCAAUUUGACACUAACGAGGGGUUUGGCAACUUCGCCGAUUUCACCAAAAGCACAACAGAAGUUGAAUUACGGCUUACCAGACGUUGACAGGGAUGUGUUCGUGACGAGUUUUAAGGACAGGCAUAAUCGUAGCUUCGAUCUUGACAGAAGAGACGUAAGGAAUAAAAGUGAUAGACGAAUUGAUACCCAGAAGAGAGACAAGCACACAGCUGUUAUUGUACCAAGGGUAGCUCCCCAAUCGCCAUCGGUGUAUUCAGAAGAUACAUACAAAUCACUAUCAAGUAUCAAGACUGUCAACGGAGCGACCGCAACGCUGACUAUCGCUGCUCUGAUGUUGACACUAAGCGGUGGACUUACAACUGGGCUGAGUUUCUAUAUGAUGUAUAGUAUGGGUCGCCGUUAUUAUCUAGACUUCUGUGUACUGUCUGGAUUCACGUCGUUCCUGCUAGGUCUCCUGGGCCUGAGAUCUAGACGUAGCCAGUUAUUACCGAAUAGAAAUUAUAUAUCAGGGUACAUAGUGCUAUCAACAUUUUCUCUACUCAGCUCGUUUGGACUUCUCAUUCUACUAUCUAUUCAGCCUAUGCCCGGGACUCCACUAAAUGAUAUAACAUCGGGGGCGGUCUGCAGCGUCAGUGUACUGUCUUUAUGUUUAGCUACUAUUGGUAUCCUAGCUUCGUACUGUUGUGCUAGAGAUCCGCCAGACAACAGGGUGGGCAGUGCUAGAUGGUAUUAG